AUGGAGCUCAAGAUUCCUCACAUAAAAACCGCUCAAACCUUAAGCACCAAACCAUUGAAACUAUUUGGCAGUUCAUGGGCUGCACCCGAUUGGAUAAAAACGGGUCCCAAAGAGGCCAAACCCAACCAAUUGAAAGGGGAGACGGGGGGCGAGUACUACGAUAUUUGGGCCCAUUAUUUGGUUAAGUUUUUGGACUCAUAUAAGGCUCACAAUAUCCCGAUCUGGGGGCUGACCACUCAAAACGAGCCGACGUGGGGCCGGCGUUUCAUACAACAGGACCUGUUCUUUGAUCCCGAAAUGCAAAGAGUGUUUGUCCGCCAAAACUUGGGACCACUGCUGCGAAAGUCUGGCUAUACUGCCGACAAACUAAAACUCAUGAUAUUUGACGACAACGUGUGGCACAACACCAGUGACCACAACACUCUGCAACAGUUCGCGGACACCAUAUUGGGGGACAGGGAGGCCGAGCAGUACGUGUCCGGCAUUGCUUAUCAUUGGUACGAGAGCUCAAGGACUAGUGAAUACCCGGACACCGUGUUGGAUGAGGUGCACACCAAACACCCCAACCAUUUCAUGCUCAUGACUGAGGCCUGUCAUCUGGAAGGGCUGGGCAAUGGGCGCUGGGAUUUCGGGGAGCAUUACGCGCACGAUAUCAUUAGAGAUUUGAAUCACUGGACAACCGGUUGGGUGGAGUGGAAUAUGGCGUUAGGUUUGAACGGCUGUCCCCGUUGUGGACCCAAUCAGUUUGGGACGGCUAUACUGGUGGACAUCGAGAAGGGGGAGGCCUACAAACAGCCCACUUUCUACGCGAUCGGA